CUGAUUGGUCAGUUGUUCCCUUCCGGGAAGUCCUUGCGAUGUCUAUACAUAGCAGCCAUGGCCAAAUUUAAUCCAACACCUUUACUUGAGUAAAAAAUACAAAUUCAAAAUUUGAUGUCGAAAGGAGCGAGGGUGGUGGUCAGAGAUGAUGAACUCGUACUUUGAUCAGUCUGGCUUUUACAAUAGUCAAGGUGCAGCGGAACAACCCUACCGUUUCCCGCAAGGACUCCUUGUUCCGCCGUACCCGCAACCUAGCGCCGCCGCCCGGGCAGCGCACGAUCCCGGCUUCGUCGACACAACUGGAACUUCAGCAUCUUCGUGUAAAUUGUAUGCAGCAGUGAGUCCAGACCCAACCGUAGCUUUCAAGCCCGAGUGUUUGGUGAAGGAACAAAAUGGGUUCAACGUGGCUGUAAAAGACAUGUCCACCUGGUCGACGGGAGCACUGACCGGUGUCCGAGCUGCAGCAAUGAGCAACGACGCCGUACGUCCUUUCCCGGGAGAGAGCGGGGCUUCUCCGCGUGUGUCAGACGCAUGGACAGCUUGCUACCAAAACACCAGUGCCAUGUCUCAGGCCCACGCCAACGCUUUCUACCCUUGGAUGGCGAUGGCAGGGCAUCCAAUGACUGAGAGCGUUACAAACUUUCGGGAUAUUUACAAGAGACUUGUUGAAGGUGCAAAUGGACUUCGUCGCAGAGGUCGCCAAACUUACACCCGUUAUCAAACAUUAGAGCUAGAAAAAGAAUUCCAUACUAACCACUACCUCACUCGCCGCCGGAGGAUUGAAAUGGCCCAUGCCCUAUGUCUUACUGAACGGCAAAUCAAGAUCUGGUUUCAGAACAGGAGGAUGAAGCUGAAGAAAGAAAUCCAAGCCAUCAAAGAGCUGAAUGAACAAGAAAGACAAAGCCAGGUAUCCAAAACCCAAAGCCAACAAUCGCAAGGCCAAUCUCACCAGAGCUCCCAACAAUCAAGUUCGUCUCCUUCAGAAGCAACGGAAUGCAACUCCUCUCCCGGAAAAACGUAAGAUUUUUCCAAUUCUGUUGAUUCCUCGUGCAUGAGGUUCUUCAAGCGGAUAAGUGGAGAUUCCAUGUUUGGUCCUACUUUAGUUCUUACUUUAAGGUUCACGAUAUUGAUGGAAUCAGAGUUAAAACCAUUUAAAAAGAUUUAGAAUUUCAGGAAGUCACAUCGUGAAAACAACAUUUAAAAAUCACUAGUUUUGUUUGAGGAUCGCACCCAUAUUCUUUAGGUUGAAUUAACUUAUCCAUUUACCCAAUAAAAUCCAUUAAUAUUCCUAUAAUUUUACUUGGACCAAACUGACAUGUACAAUACCCACGAUAAAAUGCUUGAACUUUGCCCAAGAGGGGUGACACAACUGAACUUUCAGCUAAACAUAUACAUAGCUAAGGCGGGUUCUGUAAUAUUUACUGAUCUGUUGUAGAAAGCGUUUAUUCCACGUGUGUUGUGAACAUUACUGAGAAUGUAUUUGCUAGAAGUAGAUAUUCUAUAUGUUUGUGUUCAUGAUCUGUGACGAUGUAUUUCCCAUCUUUAGCUAUAUGUAUAGGGAGAUGUUGGUAUUCUUUUGCGAUAACACAAAAUGCUUCAUCGAAAUUCUGUUCUUAAACUAAAUACGUAAACGGUCAGUAUUUUCAUAUUAGUCUAUUUUCUUUCUGCCUAUUUGACUGUUUAUUUUUUAAAGAACCUCUUAGUACGUAGUCAAAUACAUUGAUACUUCUCAUAAAAUAGAAAAUCAACGAGUCUUAGGCAUCUUCGAUAUACGUAAACAAAACUGUAUCCACUGAUGGAAGUCGUCAAUUAUUUCUACGGUACGUCUUCCUCAUAGGUUUGAGUAGAGAAAAUUGUCUGUGUAACGUAACAUAAUGUAUCCUUCUCAUUAAUGAAUUUUAUAAUUCCACAUGUAUAUUAUUGCACCAGUUUCACAUUAGUAACAGUAAGUUAAGUCAUUCCAAUAAGAGGAAAGGUAUUACAGAGUUUCAAAAUACAUUUUCUUAAUACAUUUUUCCUGAUUAUUAUAUAAGUAAUAGUGUUGCUAUGUAUAAAAUAUGAAGCAAAGUAGAGUUGAAUACAAUGUAGAGGUUUAUAAGAAUGUGUGUUAUUUUCUCGAUGAUAAGAACGACCAAAAUGGUUAUGUGUCAGACGUAAAAUACAACAGCUAUUUUCUGUAUUUCUUAUAUUCUCUUUUUAGAUGUAGAUUUCUUUGACUAAUUGAUUUGCCUUCUCACGAGGCAGUGGUUGUUCUUUGCGGCCGCGAUGUUAUUGUUGGUGUGUUUAUGUAACGAUGUUGUGAUAUGUGAUGGGAAAAUAUAGAGCUAACACAGA